GGUUUCUAAGGUCGCGCGCAAUUCAACAGAGCAUGGCCGCCAUAUUGACUAUAUUCUCCCAACCCAGCACCAAGGAUGUUUGUGCGUGCCUGGCACGACUGCUGUUACAUCGCGGUCGUUGCCGUCGUCAUCGCUGUCGUUGUCAUUCUCGUUGUCGUUGUUAUUCCUGUUGUCAUCGUCGACUUUGUUACUCUCGUUGAAUUGUAAUUGUCAUUGACGGAUUCGAGCGUCGUGUAAUCCGCGACACAGUGUUAACAUUUUUGAUAGAAUUGACACUUGCUGUCCGUAAGAUAUGUCAAAUCAAAUAUGUCUAAAAUGGAACAGUUUUUUAAACAACAUCGCCACGAGCUUCGAAAGCCUUUGGGAAGAAGAAGGUCUGGUGGAUGUGACAUUGGCAAGCGAUGGACAGUGUCUUACGGCGCAUAAAGUGAUUCUCUCGGCUAGCAGUCCUUUUUUCAAGAAAGUUUUCCAGACAAAUCCCUGCCAACAUCCUGUUAUAAUACUUCAAGAUGUGCACUUCAGCGAAUUGGAAGCGUUACUUAUAUUUAUAUAUAAAGGGGAGGUAAAUAUAGAGCAGAAAAAUUUACCAGCCCUGUUAAAAGCUGCAGAGACCUUGCAAAUUCGUGGGCUUUCCGGGGGAGAUAUAUUUGCUAAAGAAUCGUAUAAAAGAUUAGCAGAACUAGAACAGGCAGUGGAAGAGAGUGUGGUAACAGCUAAGGAAGAAACUUCAAGAAAGAAACAGAAACUUAAUAAACAUCAAAAUUCUAUAUUAGAAUCAGCAUUGACACCUAGAAUAUCACAGUUAGAAGGAACAGAUGAGUCCACAACCAGUGAUCAAGGUAAAAAAGAAGGGGAUUAUCCUCUUCCAAAGAACAUGCUUCAAAAUCCAAUUUAUCAGCGUUUGGAAAUGAAAAUAGAACCAAUAGAAACGGCAGUGGACAAUUCUCAGAAACAGCCAGCAACAGAUAAAGAUCCAGCUGAAAGAUUGGACACUGGUCAAAGCGAUGGAAAUCAAGGGUCUGGGAACAGCCCUGCUGAAGACAUUUCCGGUUUAUCUGGGUUAUCCGGCCUAACUGGAUUCUCGGACGUGAAGCCGCUGCUGUACGCGUAUCAGCAGCUACCUUACGCCGAUCUUCUGCCAAGUCCGGAGAUUAUCUCAACCUGGGCAUCCUCCCGACCGAUGGAUCAUUUGGCCUGUGACCUUAUGAAGAUUCUCUUCACCCCGGAGGAGAGGAUUCUUUGUAACGUGAACGGCAAGAUGGGGAAACAGCAGUUCGAUAGUAACAAAAUACAUUUGAUAAGGGAAGUUCUGUUGCACUUUAGCGGUAUUGCACCGAACAGCGUCGAAUGGGAGGAGACGUGGAAAAAUUGCGUGACUAAGAUCGAUACAAGCAAUAGGGGUUUGAAAAGGUAUCUGUUCCAAAGGCGGUCGGUUUACACUCAAUGACUAGGGCGUUUCAGGUCAGGGGUCAAACGGAAACGUUUCCACUGGCUGGAAUGAAGUCUUUCUUUCGCGACGAUUCCUCGUUUCGAUCUAUCAUAGAUCGUGUUAGGAUCGUGAUGGAAAUCGUUCUCGAUGUUUCUCCGUAUCCUUUCUUCUCUUGCUGAGCCGAACUGUUGAACGACGAUCGCGAAUUUUUUUCGUAGAGGAAAUAGUAUGACACAGAUUAUAAGAAAGAUCGGACACUAUUGGGGAAUUCGCGCAUAAUAUAAUAGGACUUGAACUUAAUGGACUUGACGCUUUUUCGAAGAAUCGAUAGAUAGAACAGAGAGUUUCGAUGUAAAGAUCAGAAUGUCUUUAAAGAAAGAGAGAGUAGGGAGACGGAGAGCGUUCCAGGCGUGGUCCAAUUAUCUAUACGCUUCACGUUUUGCUUUCACGAGGCAAAUGAUCGUGCAACUUUAAAUCCUUUCGUUUUUUCAAACGAGUCUAACAUUGGUUUUUUCAUUUUGGUAUCGAAAGGUAAAUCAUUUUUUUCUUUUCUCUUGUACCUUGGGUCUCGUACUUUGAGCAACGUAACAUUCCUUUCUAUCGUUUCUUCACGAUGUUCACGCGAAUAUGCACUUUCGUCGUAGACGAUCCACAGUAACACGUGUAUACUAAUAUUAAAACGCGAUGUGUCGUAGAGGCACACGCGGGGUCUUUCUUACACUCGACGGCACGAUAAGUAUAUACAGUUGCGUGCAUAGAUUCCUUCACCUGCCAGAGAGAAACUAUCUAUGUCUGUGACUGUACGGUCACCUGAUCAACGUACGCGAGUAGCUAGAUACAUAGUUGUACGUGUAGAUGCGUACGUGCAGACACCUGCAACGCACGCGAUUAGACGUAGGGAAACGCGUGUUGCACGAAAAGACAACGCGUCCAUCUGAUCAGACAUGUGCUUGCACAUGAUCACGACUUAACGCACAGGGUGUUAAGAAAGUAAUAGUCAUAGUUUACAGAGGUGAACUUUACCCCGGACCUUCGCCAGAGUUUCAAGAAAUCUACACAUAGGAUCACCUAGAGUUACGAGACAAAGUUUAUAUGUAUAGUUAGGUUUCUUUGCAGAUAUCUGUCUCUGCAAGUGAUGGUUAUUAAUUACUUAACACCUUGUAUAUGUAAAUGAGAAAAGGUAGCUGUUACGUUGAGAGUAGUAGCAUAAGUUUAGGGAUCCGUGGAACAUAGGGGCACUUUAAAUCGAACCCGAGAUCCUUGAGUUCGUAGCUGGCUACGUUGUCCAUUAAUGUCUAUGCCUAAUUCCACGAUUCCUCUUAUCGGGUAUCGGGGGUCCUAAUCCCAUGUAAGUUAUGCUUGUAGAAUAUAUUUAACGCGUGAACGCAUCACGCGAAAGACACAUUUGAAAAGUUUCUUUUCAACUGAACGAACAGAUUUGUUUUACCUUGUUUGUUUGCCACCUCUUUCGUCGAUUGAUCUCGCGGAGAGCAUGAUACGCUUCGAAUUGACUGUUCAUUUGAAUCAGAUACGAUUGUAGACGAAACACACACGCGACUGGUUGCAAAUAAACCUAUUUUACAUUUUUAA